CCCUGGUUUUUGUGUUUGAUCAGAUUUAGCGUGGGACUUUGAAACUCUCCCACAGUUUGGGAGGGAGGGAAAGAGUUGACUCGUGCAUUUGGGGUAAUGUGGAGGUGGACUUCAGCUUCUGAGGUCUUCUCCCUCUUUUGUUCUCAAGCCUGUGGGUGUAAAUCCAUUAGGAGGAAGUGACGAGGAUGGCACCAGUGAAGACGGCCCUGGCAAGCGUAGUCAGACAUCAAUAGUCAAUGCAUCAUAAUCUCUCAACGCUAAGGGUUAUUCCAAGCUGGAGGAUCUGUGUUAUGGUGCAGUGUUUGUUUGGAAUGCCUGCUGGUAACUUACCUACUGAGACAUGAAGACUGGGGCCCCUCAUCUUAUCCUUGGGAGUCUGGUAUUGAUAAGCCACCUGCCUUUGAUGUUGACAUCGCCUAAAACACUCGCCAUCCCUGAGAAGCUACAGCAAGCUGUGGGGAGAGUCAUUGUCAAUGCCACGGCCUGCACUGUUACCUGUGGCCUUGGCUACAAGGAGGAGACUGUCUGUGAGGUGGGCCCUGAUGGAGUGAGGAGGAAGUGCCAGUCCCAGCGUUUGGAGUGUCUGGCCAACUGGAUCUGUGGGAUGCUCCAUUUCACCAUUGUCCAUGGGGAAGAGUUUGAGCUGAGCUGUCUCAGCGCAGACAUCCUGGAGGUGGGACAGGAAGCUUUCCGCUUUACCUGGAAGCUUGCUCGGGGCAUCAUCUCUACUAAUGAUGAGGUUUUUAAACCCUUCCGAGCCAACUCUCACUUUCUGCGAUUUCAUCCCGCCUAUGAGUACGACUCGGGGACAUACCGAUGUGAUGUGCAGCUGCUCAGAAACUUGAGAUUUGUCAAGAGGCUCUACUUUGGGCUGAGGGUCCUCCCUCCAAAGCUGGUAAACCUGAAUUUCCAUCAGUCCCUUACUGAGGACCAGAAGUUAGUCGAUGCCGGCUGGGAAGUUAAUCUGGACAACCAUUCUAAGCCCCACCUCCCAAAGUGGCAAAAGAAGGUGGCUUCAGCCUUGGGCAUAGGGAUUGCUUGUGGAGUGGUUGGCGGCGUGCUAGUGAGCAUUGCUGUCCACGGCGUGCUGAAGAGGAUUGAUGACCAUAACAGCCUUAGCAGCCUAUAACCUUUCAGCCAGCCUAUACAUGAGUGUGGCAAGAGAGGCCUCUCAGAGCCAAAGGUUGGCUAGGAGGCUUGGAGGAUGCGGCCUCCUCCCCAUACCACUGUGCAGGGCAGCAGGUUUUCUCAUACUGGCUGCUCAGGAGACCCACUGCAGGUUUGCUUCUGUUCCUAGGGAGUUGUGUCUUCCAAGCUUGCUUUCCUUUCCACACCUCAUGGUGUGUGUGCCAUCACCUCCACUCCACCUCUGAACAGUGUGUAUGGACCAGAAUGUACUAUUGGCAGA